GUUAGCUGUAGUAGCCAGCGCUAAUAGAUGCAGUGCACCACGCAUGCCCCUCUCCUUCUCCCUCUUUCUGCUACGUUCAAGCUUCCGCUUCAACAGUGACCUCUAUAGUCUUCCCAGUCGCAAAUAUGAAAUGGAUAAAUCAGGGAGUGAAGCGGAAAAUUGAAGAAGAUGGUAUCGAUCUGGCUAUUAUGACUGUCGACAUUCUCAAGGCCGCGGCUGCGGCUGCGACUUCAGUGCCGGCCCUUGGUGCGGCUGCUGGAAUCAUUUCUUGUAUUCUGCAACAGAUAUCUCAGGCCCAGCAGAAUACGGAGCUGGCUUUGAGAGUUGCCACCCGCUGUGUAAGGGCGCUUGCCACAAUAUCUAAACACCUCGAUACGCUGGAAAUCACACCUGCUGUAUUGGAGAACAUCAAGCACUUUGUAGCGGAUCUUCAUGAGGUACAGGAUUUUAUCGAGAGGGAGACAAACAGCAGCAUGCUUUACCGCGUACUCUUUACGAAGAAACGGGCUGACCGCCUUCAAGAUCUCCAAUUAAGAUUUCAAGAUACAAUGGCACUUUUUCAAAUCACCGCCCUGAUAACUAUCCAUGAUAUCGUCCAGCGCCAUUCUUCAAGGUUUCUCGACAUCGAGGACGUUGCCUCGGGUCUAGGCAGACUCGAAAAGGCGCCAAAAGAUGAGUCCGACGACAAUCGAAUCAUCGAAGAAUCCGAUGUAGCGCUUAAAGAAGAACUUUUCGUUCGAACUGGGCUUCGCUUACAUUUAGCUCAAGUCGGCGGUAAAUGUGCAGUUGUCAAAGUCUUUGAAGGCAAAGACGCUUCCAAGAACUACGCAGCAGCAGUAAAAUUUGAGGAGCAUCUAAUGCAUCCGCACCUUCUGCAUUUGAAGAAAAUUUCCCGAGUCAAUAUCCCUACACCGUUCAUGGUCUACGACCUAGAUGCGCAAGGAAGCGCCGAACAAUUUAUCGCCGCGGCAAUUCCCUCUGGCGUCGUGUCAACUUUUGUCGCGGGAGCACAGUUGAUCUCUGGCGCCGCUUCUGCGUUAAGUCACUUGUGCCUUCGUGGUAUUCCCUUUCACUCCGUUAGGAUUGAGAAUUUCAGUAUCUUUAUGAGUGGUGCCAACAAAGUGGUCCUGUCCUUUGAUGGUAUUUGGAAUUCAACUUCCUUUGCGUCAAGACAAGAUCGGACAGGAGUCGAUGUCCUUGGUGAAUUGUGUCAUCAGACGUUCAACGCCGCCAAUGAAAUAUUAUACAGAGAUACCUUGGCACGUACUAUUGACACUUCGGAGCCUUUUGCUACGGCGCUUUUUGAUGCAGAACACGGGGGACAAUCUGAUACGAUGCCUGAUAAGUCUGAUACCACGGCGACGACAGACACGAAUCUAUCACGACCGCGCAGAGAGAUAAUAUGGCAAGGAGUCACUGGGAAUAGCAUCACAUUGGACGAUAUUUCGCGCCAAUUUAAGAGCAUACUCUCAUCGUUAUCCUUUACCUCAUUCUCUUUAGAACGUGUAGCACGUUCCCCCCGUAGCUAUUGGACCGUGCAUAGGUGCCCAGGAUAUCGACGAGAGGAGGUGACACUCAGGCCGGUACUCUUGGACUGUAUGGUCAUCACGCAUGCAACACCUUCUCUCCAUGAGAAAUGCUUUAUUUGCGAAAAAGAUGUCAAAAGGGGACUAUUCCGCUGUAAAUGUAGGCAGCCUGAUGAUGGAAUCUCUCCCACUGUCAAGUGCACCAAAUGCUCAGUCUGGGGACAUAGCCAUUGCAAUGAUCAAUUAGGCUAUAUCUGCUGGAAAUGCAGUGACAAUCAUGGUGACGGUGGUGGUAUCGACGGCGACGAGGGUGCAAAAUACGAUGGUCUCAAUCCGCGACGUCAUUAUCGACAGGAUUUAAACAACUAUGCAAUACAAGCUGGACUCACUUUAACCUAUUCGGAAAGUGGUCCUGACAAGCAUAACACAUGGACCUCGAUCGCAUAUGUGGAUGAUAAUGAGAUCGGCCGUGGAAAUGGCCCGAGUAAAGGUCGAUCCAAAGAAGCCGCAGCAUACAAAGGUCUCAAUUUUUUGGGAUUAAACACCGACUAGAUGGCAGGCAUAUCUUAUAUUUAACGCAGUCGAUUACAGUAAUUAUCACACUGAGAAACUUUGUUAUAUUAUCGAAAUACAGAAAAUAGGUGAAAGUGGAACAAAA